AUGGACGCCAUCAUUGAUCAGGCAGAGUGCGCAGACGGGCUGCUCGCGCGGGCGCUCGAGCUGCGGCUGCUGUCGCGACACGGAUCACCGCAGCCCGAGCACUUCUUCAAACUAUGUGGGCUCUACCACCAGCUCGCUUCUCGCGCGUAUUGCGAGCAGACGCACCAGCUCACGCUCGCCAUCGCCAACGCGCUGCUGCAGGAGCGCGAGUUGCGCGAGCUGACGCUCGCGCACGCCAACUCGCUGCCUGCAGACGUGCAGCGCAGGCUGCGCGAGCCACUGUUGCAAUUGGAGUGGGAGCAACCGCUGUGGCGCAUCCUGUUCUUGCUGGCGCACGGCCAGGACCUCGCCAACAGCACCGCGAAAUUCGACAAAGACCUCGCGCCGUUGCGUUUUGUCGAUCUGGUCGAGCAGCUGCCGAGCGCCGACGGCACGGCGCUCUCGUGCGCGCUCGCCGAGCUGGGCAAGUACUGGUACGCGCUCUGCUACAACUACGGGUCCGUGCUGCAAUCCAACCGCGAGCGGUUCUGGGCCGCACUCGAGCGAUUCAACUUGACCAUCUCUGCCAACUCCGGUAUGCUGGAACGUUACCACGAGCCGUUGCUGCAACUCAGCUCGCUCGUGCUGCUGUUCCCGGAAAACCAGCUCGCAUCCACCCUCAGCAUGGUCUUCAACAUCAUGCGCAUGCUCAAGGUCCAGGUCGCCCACUGGGCACGCCAGGUCUCGUGCGAUCUCUACUCCUCGCUCGACGACUACAAGAUCCCGCAGAUCCUCCAUCUGCUCGACCUCUACGUGCUCAAGUCCCCGCAGCCCGUGCGCGAGCGCGCGGCUCCUUGCUUCUGCGGCGACCAGAAUGUCACCGUCGACCUGCAAGACGAGGUCCUCGAGCUCAUGGACUCCUCCAUGAGCUCCACUCACACGCGCAACGCCGUCGCCAACGUGCUCUCCUCUUUGCAUCUAACCAUCAUCGACACCCCAGCGGGGGCUCAGCAGGUGGUGCCGAUGGAUUCGCCUACAAGUCCGGCAAACUCCCUCUUCUCCGACGCAGCGCGCGCUAGUGCCAAUGGCGACAGUUCGGACCUCAACGUGUCGUCCCAAUCUACUCUGUGCAACUCAGGCUCCAACCCCACCGACGUGGACGAGAAAUGGUCCGACGAGGAGAAAGACGCCGAGGCCGCCCGGAUCAUGGGCAUUAUCAAGCGUCUCAACGAGCUUGGCGUCGUCAAGACCCCCGGAAACUGA